AUGCCCUUGAUUUCUUUGGGUUUAUCAAGUGGAGUUAACAUCAAAACUUACCUCACUUUCUCUUUGUUCCAGCACGCAAACGCAGUCCGUGACUCCGCCCGGUUGAUCCUCGAGUCUCCAGCGCCAGAGUCCGAAGACGCCAUGACCCUGGCCCGUGCGCUCCGCACCAGACCGCCCGUCAAUAUGCUCCCAGCAGCCAAGGCCGGCACCUUCUUCGCUAGAGACAACCUGUCCAACUUCAUCGAAUGGUGCAGACGAGCUCUGGGCAUCUUAGAAUGCCUGCUCUUCGAAACUGAUGAUUUAUGCUUGAGGAAGAACGAAAAGCACGUGGUCUUAUGCCUUUUGGAAGUGGCUAGAAAGGGAGCAGUGCUAGGAAUGCCUGCUCCGUUAUUAGUACAGAUGGAGAAGCAAAUAGAGAGGGAGUUGGCAGGGGAGGAGAUCAGGCCCGACGAGUCUGCCUUAGGUCUGGUGCCGUUGGGUCCUCAGCCUCAGUUGGUGACAAAUGACUUGAGGAGUCUGGACGAGCGGGUCAGGGAUCUGGUGGAAAGGUGCUCAUGCCCUACUCAGUUCCCCAUGGUGAGGGUCUCGGAAGGAAAGUACAGGAUUGGUGACACGAAGCUCCUGAUUUUCGUUAGGAUUCUCCGCUCCCACGUGAUGGUCCGCGUCGGAGGCGGCUGGGACACCCUCGCCCACUACUUAGACAAGCACGACCCCUGCCGCUGCCGCGCACAGCACCGCACCUCGCUGUCUGCCCGCCUGGCACGCCCCAAGCACGACCUGGCCGGAGCCACGGUCACCUACGAACGCCCCGAUCCCGGCUCCACCUCCUUGACCUACAAACCAGAUAAAUACGAGAAAUACGAGCCCAUGUCGCUCCAGACGUAUCAGUACAACAAACUGUAUAAUGACGAUCCGAGAGCUGGGCAUUACCAGUCGAAUCACAGGCUCAGCGAUGCUCCAACUAGUCUUCCUUAUAUGGGAGAAACGGAUAGAGCUGUGUCGCCUUAUAGAAAGAUUACUCCAAGAGCUCACAGUCCUUCCACUGGCAGAAAGUCUUCCUCACCUGACAGAAGAUCUAAAGUGGUCGUAUCUUCGAAUCACCUGGUUCCAACUCCACUGGGAAGGAAUAAGAGUCCAAGGCCGGUGUCACCAGCACCAGCAGCUGAGUCUGCAUCAGACAACGGGUCGGAGGUGUCAGAUGAGGGAUACAGGAGCUUGGGAGUGGUGGCCGGGUCCACGCAAGGAUCGCCCUCGACGAAAACUACGAACAGAUACUCGAUGCACAGCCAGAAUUCGAUGGAAGAUGCUGAAUUUAGUGAGCGUCUCGACCAAGAUGAUGGCUGUCACAUGGACAGAAACGAACGAGUAGAUGUCUACGUGAGCCUCUCCACCGGCCUCCGAAAGACUGACUUCUCCGACACAUUCUACGGGGGCAAGAAACCCGGCUCUAUCGAAGACAAGAGCAACAGAGGUAGCCCCGAACGAAUCGUAAUCACAGAGAAUAACGAUUCCCCCAGCAAAAGCCUCAGACCAUCAAGGGACGCGAUAGAAUCCCCCACGAAGACUAUAAGAAGUCGGCAAGCCAGUCGUAUUCCCCAUUCACCAGUCAGGAACAGAACUCCGAGUCGCGGGAAUACACCAAGUCCCAAACACGUAGCUAAUCCUGCUCAGACAUCGCCCAAGCUGACUCCUAAACUCCCUCCUGCAGCUAGGAACACUUGGAGCGGUCGCACUGCUCCCAACCAAGCUAAGGCUAAAGCCAGACCCACCAUUGGAGCUGAUACCUUCGAGAAUCCCAACAAAUCUCCUAAAGCCAGAGUCAAAGCUGUUAUCCAAUCAGAGGCCUUCAAGAGAAAUUCUCCGCUCCGAGCUAGCAGCGCCACUCUCAGAUCACCACCAAACCAGAAACAGCUUAGUCCUUUGCUAGAAACGAUCUUAAGAUCCACAGAAAAUGCGAAAGACGACGCAGCGGUCUUGGAGAAGAUGAAGGAAAUCAUUAGGACUUAUUCUAAAGGAGACAAUGAUUCCUUGUCAAGGACCAGCUCGAAAGACUCUGAUUAUGCUGACUUCACCUCAGCCUGGGUUAUGUCAGAUGGGAAAUUAGAAAGGUCAAUGAGCACUAGACAAUUAGCUACACCUAGGAAAGACCAAAGGAAUGGCGGCACUUCGCGGAUACCGGCGCCCGUGUCGAUCGGUUGCCGAAGGUCUACGUCCACCUCGCAGUUCCAAUGACAAGGAACCUCGGAGGAUAGCGAGGAAGUCAGUGAUAAGUGACCCAAAGACUAAGCUGCGUGACGUCCAGUGAUUUGGUGUUCACCGACUGUGUAGUGUCACAAAGUUAAACUCUUGAAAUCCUGAAAGUGAUAACUGAAGUUCCGAUUGGUUGGCAAUAAAAUUAGGGUAUGUGGACGAUGUGUGAUGGUCCAGGAUUCGAAGUUUCGUGGCAUACUUAUGAGAUUUUUAACUGUCUAAAAUUAUUUAGAGGCAAUUUUUAAUGAUAUAAUCUACAAACAUCAAGUUUGCCUAAAACUAUAUUAAGGUCUAUUUAUCUUUCUAUAUUGAAUAGUAUAAUCAUAUCUUUGUGGAAUUAGAUGUAGAUGUGAUUAGGCAUUUUUAAAAUGAUAUAAAUGACAGAAUUUUAGUACCUUUAACGGUAGUUAAUCGAAUGUCUUAACUAACUUAGUAUUAGUACUAAUUAAUCUAUUGACUAGAUAAUUGUACUAACCUUAACUGUUACAACUUCUAAUCCAUCGUAAGUUGAUGAUAAAUGAUCAUCAUCAUCUGUAGUUUGAUUACUAUGAUGGUUUGAAAACGUAGGAUGAAGAGUUGUUAAGAUUAUUAUUUCGCUCUAAAAUUCAGCUAAAGAUGGUGCUAAGCGAUGAAAAGUUAGUUUAUGUUAGUUAUUUUAUAUUGUAACAAUGAUUACGAUGUUUAUAGAUAUUUGCUAAGUUUUGCAAAUACUAGUAAUACAAUACAUGAUCUAUGACUGACUAUAGAAAAUCAUCAACCAUUUGUAGAUCAUUUAUUGUAUUUACAGCUGAUUUUAUUGAAGAUGAUACGCUGUAGAUAAGUUUUAUAACAAGACAAGUUUUAGUUUUUAAUGUAUAAUGUCCGAGCUGACGAAUUUUUUUGUAGUUAGUUUUGUUUUAAGUUUUAGUUUUAAGUUAUCCCGGCCUGGUUCAACACUAAAAUUUAAACCGGAGACGCAUUCUAAUGCAUUUAUUUGAGAAAUCGAUCCAUUCCAUAAAUAUAGAGCCGGGGAAAUUGGCAAUGUUACACGCACAGUAAUCUCAAUUUUUAAUUUUCAGAUUGUAGGUUGUGAUAAGGUUAGAGCUUAUAAAAUAUCCGUAGUGUUUUUGAAAUUUUAACUAAAUAGGAUAAACAAAAUUCUAGGUCAUAUGGCAUAUGAAUUUGAACAAUAAACAUCCAUCGUUAUACCUCAUUUUAGUAUACGUAGAAGUACUAAAAUUAAGAAGAAAUAUUUUUUCACUUGCAGUUUUAACAAGCUUAAAGUUUUAGACUCAAUGAAUGCCAUAUAACCGUCCGAUGCUAGCAUAGUUGUAGGACGUACGAUUCUUCAAUCAUUGCUAUGGAUAAUUUAAUGAUUUAAUUAAAUUGAUGAUAGAAGUUUUCGAGUCAAGCGUACUCAUUGUAAAUCUUAGGCGAUGACGCUCUUUCAAACAUCUAUGUUAAGUGUCUAACGUAUAAAAUUAUUCAAAAAUAUUGUAUCUCUACUGUUAGUUAUAAUGCUCUACCUUUUACUUUAAUGUUAGGUCAUUUGCCUUUAUUUUGGCGUAACACAUAACUUUGUUUUAAGUUUUUAGUGCAUAAUUGAAGCAAAUAAAAUAGUUUUUCUAUUACCCUAAGGCAAAUGACCGCUAUAUUUUGCUAAAUGGUGCUUGAAUGUUCUCAAAUGUGUUAAUUAAAAUAAGUAAUGUAAUUUGAGGACAGUCAGUAGCUAAAGCAGUGUUCGCUGUCGUGGUAAAUAUCUUUAUUACAUUGUCAUUUAAAAAAACUAACAGUUGGAGCUCCCCAAGGAGCUAUUUUGGAUCUGUUUUCUUAAAAUGACAAUGAAAUAAAAAUAUUAGUUAGAGGCUAAGUGGAUCUUAGUUUAAGUUACUGUUUCUUCGACAUAAUGUUACCAGUGACUAUGCCAUAGAAAUUGUUAUAUUUCACUGAAUAAACCUAUAAAACAUU